CAAAUUUCAAUACGAAUAAAUCGGCAAUAAUAAUUUCAUUUUGAAUGUUCAUUGAGUGAGAACCUGAGUCCCCAGCAUGUUUCGACUGCUAUUGGUCGCUGCUGUCGUGUGCUGUGCGCAGUCUCACGCCGUGACGUCACAACACCCACAACUGCUGCAGGCUUUGGGGGAUGCUACGAAAGCGCUGCAAGCAGCACAGCAAAGCCUUGAAGAAGCUCUCGGACAGCCGUCGCCGUCGCCAGCUCUGACGUCCGUUAGCGUAGUUCAGGAUUGGAGUUUGGUGUGUAAAGAGCUCUGCGGAGCUGGCCUCGGCGUUGCGCCAUGUGCGGCACAAUGCGCGACGUCUGGCGUCAAGAUGAUCGCGAUCCUGAGCAACGAUUUUGAUUUGGUUGAAGGCACGCAACUGCAGGGAUCACAACCAGUUGAGGAUGUUGAAGCUUAUGGCACUCGCCUGUGCAGGAGUUUUUGCCAUCAACGACAAAGCGUGCUCAACGGUUGCAGUCCUUGCCAGUUGCUGGAUGUUUUGGAUGGAGCCAGGACAGAGCAGAGUGUGACUACACAUGGUUCCGGUGCAGGUGCAGCAGCCAGUGGUGUCCGGCGAGCUGCUAUGCUGCCCAAGGCCAUCACUGAAGACGACGGCACCCCGGACUGGGACGAAGUGUGCAAGACUCUCUGCAAAACUGGCGAUGGCGGGUCUUUGUGCAACUGUGAUUUAUCGCCGUUUUUUCAUCUGAGCUAACGCGGCUCGGCUGAAGGUACAUAAAUCACAACCAAUUAUAUAUGAAACUAUAUAAUAUUUCUGUUGUUAUUUUCGUUGUACACUAAAAAAUAUACACUUUGAUUUGG